AUGCGCUGUAAUUGUGCCUUCGACAGCGGAUCAGCUGCUCCCCGCUCGCCGCCCAGCCACAACGCCCACCCAGGUGCGCUCCCACCCGUUGCCCUGCAGGCCGAUGCCUCCCUCACCUCCGCCACCACCGUGCCGUUGCCGGCAGCGCUUCGUGAUCUGGUCCGUCGGAAGCCCCUUCUGCCUCCCCCACCCCCUCAGGUAGAGCUGAACCUCAGGCAGGGACUCUUCCCGCGGAGGCCCCGGAUCCUCGGGGGGCCUGAGGACAACCUCCUGCGCUUGGGCCGACCCCUGCCCGGCCGGCUGCCAACGGGCACAGCUGGGUUGGGCCCCCACCCGCCCAGAGGGCCUCCUCCUCACGGCUCGGCGUCCAAAGCCCCGACUGUCCGCUUUCGGAGGGCAAGCCUGUGGCUCCUGGUAGCCGCUGUGGCCCAGAGCCUGCACAGCGCCAGGCAUAGAGCAGCCGCCGCGCAGGCGCGUUGUCCGAGUGAGCAGGCUGGACUCUACAGCACUAUGUCGAACAGCAGGGUGAGCGUGGACGGUGACGUCUCCUCCCCAUCUGAAGGUAACGGCCCCGGCGUCCACCCACGGCUCUGGGACAGAGCGAAGUGCUACCUGCCUCUGAGGAGCCACGGGCACAGCCUCAGGGCUGCUGCGGGCUUGAGCGCCUGCCAGCUGAGCCCCAAGCCCACGCCCCAUCAGUGCUACAGCCCCACUGCGCCAGGCCCCGACGGUGCGGCCGGCACAGGCCGCGGAGCCAGAGGCAACGCUGGGACCACCAGAUCCACGCGGCUUCUCCUGAUCACCAGCCUGGGUGCUGUGUUUCUGCUACAGGCGAGCUCAGCAUGGACCCCCCAGGUCCUCGUCCAGACCAAAGGCAAAGCCGGGGCUGAGCAGGGCACAGAGGAGGCCUGGGGCGCCCGAGCGGUGGAGCCUCCGGAGAAGGACAGCCAGCUCAUGUGGUUCCUCAUGGCACCAAAGCUCUUGGCCACCACCGGGGAGAAGCGGCAAGGUGCCGAGGCCCUGGCAGAGACCGAGGACACCCUGGGCCGUGUCCCAAGCCCCAGGUGGGGCCCUGAGCCUGACCAUGACAGCCUGCACCACAACUGGCCCGAGGAGGCCCAGGGGGAGGCAAGGCCCUGGGCUCGGGUGCUGCCACCUCAGCAGGUGCUUCAAGGGCCAGAGGAGGACCGAGACCACAUCUACCACCCCAAGGAGGAGCCCUGGGAGCCUUGACCCCCCCACAGCUGCAAAAAUAAACCCUGCAAAGAGGCGGCGGCCACAUAUGUCUUCAAGAACAGUGAUUGUGGACCCCACCUGCUCUGUCUGGGAGAAGGGGGGCCACAGGCUGGCCCCGGGCAGCCCCAGGCUGACGCUUGGCUCCUUGCACCCAGCGCCCAUGGCGCUGGGAGCUGUCUGCUUCUCCCAGGCCUCCUCAUGUGCUGGGGUGCGGACGGAGCUACUCUGGGCUCCCCGCGGACAGGACCGGAGAAUGGAAAGGACUCAGGAGCAGGGAG